GCUGCUUCCACUGUCUUAUCUACAGACAUCGCUACAUAUCUGAAACCAUGGUUGAAAUCUCUUACGUGUCGGACUUACCCGCCCUAUAUCUGUACCCCCUCAACGGCUCCUUCGCGCCAAAGUGCAUCUCUCUAGCCGACAGAGUUCAUAUUGUUAUUGGACGCCACACCAACAUCAAAACCGUACCUACGAGAGAGAACGGACGAUUUUCGUCGAAGGUGCUGUCCAGGAUGCACGCAGAAGUGUGGGCAGAGGGCGGCAAGAUCUUCGCCAGAGACACCCAGAGUUCUAACGGUACAUAUCUCAAUGGAACCAGACUCAGCCCUGAAGGCAAGGCAUCGCCGCACGCCGAACUGCACACGGGUGACGAGGUGGUCCUCGGUAUUGAUGUUUUCGGUAGAGAUAACGUUACUAUAUGCCAUCACAAAGUUGCCGCUCGAGUAGUCUGCGCUUUCACUGAGCAGGACGCACACGCUGCAGAGCUUCCUCCAUCCGUUAGGAACGGCCUUCUAGGCGACAUCGACGGGGCGGGCCUCAGGGCUGCGCUGUAACUAGACGGCAUAUCACGUUGUCUGUAACUACAUGUGUCGCAGCAGAAACCUUUGAAAUCGGACCCUUCCAAUGACAUUAUACUAAA